AUGGGUGGUGCGCAUCCGCCACGUCGCGAACUUGAUGAUGAACAGGCAGCAAUCGCGGCGCCCCUGGACGUAAGUCAGCACCUUCCCCAGCAAAAACUCGUUUAUGAGUCUGAUGCUGCGCAUGCUCUCCGUAGUCGGCUGGCCGAAGCGGUCGCGCUCCAGGUUGAGCUGGAUCGGCGGAUUCUGCCAGAUGAGCAGAUGCUCCAUCACCGCGACGAGUUCACGGUGCGAUGCCACGGGAUCAUUCGUAGUCGAAAUCCUCUCGGCGAUGCGCAGGAACGAGUACGGGUUGGCCAAAGCAGCCUUGCGGGCGUUCGCCGCCGCCGUUUCCUUGUAGUUGUUGAUCGCAGUGGAUGCCGCCUGGAUGCCGCUGCUGGUCAUUGCGAUCAUCUUGCUGGUGAGCGACUUCGCGCAACUGAUCGACGUGUUCUUCAGGGCCUUAAAGCUGAUCGUCGGCGAUUGUUGGCUCCGGCCGCUGUUUUGACCGCCUCGGCCGCUCUGGCUCCGGUAGUAGUCCUCGUCGUAGCCAGUCCGCAGCGACGAGUCGCUGCGCUGGACAUUCCGCCGGUACGCGUUGUCAGACAUUUUGCCGACUAG